UCUGUCAAAACAAAUGCGCGCGCGACAGUCAAGCGCGUUCUUUAGUGUUUGAUUAGUUCUGUUGACAGACGACACUGCGAACUAUUAAUUGCUUUUUUUUUUAUCGUGUGUUGAUUUCUUGAUUUUGAUUGACACUUGAUCUUUUGAAUAGACUGUUCUUGUUGUUCCAUUAUAUAGAAAAAAAUGUUUUUUAAUUGUGGAGUGUUUCAAAAAACUAAAAGUGGGCGAGAUAACAAAAGUGAAGGCAGUGUCACCAUGUCCCCCACCUCACAAAAGAGAUCCCUCCUCAACAGUAAAGAUGGCUCCAUGAAAGAGAUGUCUAGUCAAGAAUGUCUGAUAGAGAAGAAAUCACACUUGUGCACUAACAACUGGGCCCAGCUUGAAGGCGUCUUUUACAAAGAUUUCAGUGGUGAGAAUGGUCCCGAGAAAAUGUACCACUUUCUUCAGUGUCUAAGCGAAAUGCUGACGUCAUACAUCAUAUCGGAAAGUGAUCGAUCAGCCAAAGUUCUGGACUUCCAUCACCCACAUCAGCUGAAAGAAAUGAUGUCCCACUGUCUGGACGUCCACUCGGAGCCACGGGACCUGGAACAGGUUCUCAGUGACGUCAGAGAAACUCUGAAAUACUGUGUGAAGACAGGUCACCCUCAUUUCCUCAACCAGUUGUCUACUGGGAUAGAUGUUGUAGGAGUGGCCGGAGCCUGGACCGCCUCUGCAGCCAAUACAAACCUUUUCACCUAUGAAGCUGCCCCUGUGUUCACUCUAAUGGAGGAAGUCAUAUUGACAAGAAUGAAGCAUUUUAUUGGAUGGAAAGAUGGAGAAGCUAUAUUUGCACCCGGUGGCGCUAUAUCAAAUCUUUACGGUGUUUUGUCUGCCAGACAUUACGCCAUGCCAGAGGUCAAAACUGAAGGAAUAGGUCACGGUGCCAAUCCUGUGAUAUUUACAUCUGAACAGAGUCAUUUCUCCAUCAAACGGGCAGCUGCUAUACUAGGUAUAGGAACUAACAACGUCAUUUUUGUACGGUGUCUAGCCAACGGUAAAAUGGACGUGGAAGAUUUGAGAGAGAGAAUGUCGCAGUCACUGAGGGAGGGCAGGAAAAUAAUCAUGGUCAACGCGACCUGUGGCACGACGGUCCUGGGAGCCUUUGACCCUGUGGCUGAGAUAGCUGACCUCUGUGAGGACCAUCACGUCUGGCUGCAUGUGGAUGCAGCCUGGGGAGGAGGCGCCUUGUUGAGUCGAGACCACAAGUAUUUGUUGGAAGGAAUAGAGAGAGCUGACUCCGUGACCUGGAAUCCUCACAAAAUGAUGGGAGUGCCACUACAAUGCUCCGCAUUCCUUACCAAGCACAUGGGUUUACUCAAAAGUUGUAACGGAAUGGGGGCCAGCUAUUUGUUCCAAAAGGACAAACACUACGACAUAUCUUAUGACACAGGCGACAUGAGCAUCCAAUGUGGCAGACAUAACGACAUCUUCAAACUCUGGCUCAUGUGGAGGUCAAAGGGAGAUUUAGGCUUUGAGGAACAGAUUAACAGAAAUUUUCUUCUAGCAACGUAUCUUCGAGAUCAAAUUAAAAAACGGGAAGGAUUUUACCUGGUAGUUGAACAGAUAGAAGCUCCAAACGUCUGCUUCUGGUACCUCCCGCCAUAUUGGAGAACAUGUUCUUUUCAGGUCAUUCCAAAAGAGCAAGUAGCAAAGAUUGCUCCGCUCAUUAAAUCUAAAAUGAUGGAAGCAGGCAGCUUAAUGGUCCAGUAUCAGCCACUUGGGGAUUGGCCAAACCUUUUCCGAGUCGCUAUCUCUAACCCAGUACUAACCAGACGGGACAUAGACUUUCUUCUGGAUGAAAUAGAUCACCUGGGUCAAGAGAUCAAUGUCCCUGAAAACUGGACUCUAGAUGCGAAAUAAUCUGUAUUUUAUAAGUAUCUGUAUAUACUUUUCAAGUUACAUUAGAGUGUAGCCUAUUUAAAAUGUACACAUAGAAACUGUGAGAGUAUUUUAUCUGUUAUGUGCUAGAUUCUAGAGGAACUAGUGAACGGUCAUAAAUCACCUUAGAGUCAAGUCUUCUAGACUUAGCCCUUGACGCUAAUGCAAUGAAAACUGGGGAUGUUGGGUAAUUGCCAACGUUAAAUGUUGAAAUAUGUGCCAACUUCAAAAGUAAAAAACACACACAUGCACAUCUAUCUUGUAGUAUGGUGGCAUAUUUGGAAACAAUUUUAAUGUUAAUUUUUAAUGGUUAGCUUUAAGCCCUAGGCAGUGUGUAAUAAAGAGGUUCAUUGCGCCGGGGCUUAUGAUUCCAAGAGAUCCAUGAAAAAAAAAACAUAACAUACAUUUAUUGUAAGAAUUUAAAUGUAAUGAAAAUAAUUUGAUUAUUAAUACAAAUUACUUUGUGUUCCCUAAAGAAAGAAGGACGCCAGGAGGCGGCAGCCUAAACGAAAACCUAGCAAUAUUUAAUACUUUAUUUAAGUUUAUUCGCAUUAUUGUUCAGUCCAAAAGUGUGAUCGCAAUUUACGUUUUUUUUUAAAAAAUGGAACUUUGGCAGCAUGAUCUAUAGUAAACUGUGGGAGAAGAUCUUAAGAACGUAGGUAAUUUGAGAAAUUUAGGCAGCAGAAAAAACUCGAUCAUGAGAUUCGGUUCCAUUGUUUAGAUCAUGAGUUGCGGUUCCAUUGUUUAGAUCAUAAGAUGCUGGUCCAUUGUUUAUGUUUAGAUCAUGAGAUGCAGACAGAAAAAAGAGCAGUGAGAUUGAUAACAAAGGAAUAUUCGCAUUUGACUAGAGUAACAUCUUUAUUAAAAUCACUAAAUUUAGAAAGCCUACAGGAUACAAGACUCAAAAGUAUAGUAACAAUUAUACAUAAAACACUGAACCAUAAUCUUCAAAUACAAAUUCUAAUAAAUACAAAAUCUAAUAAAAUACUCAGAAAGACACAAAGAUAAAAGCACAUUCCUCGUUCCAACUCUAGGACAAAUUUGUACAAAUGCUCCUUCUUCCCUAGUGCCAUUAGAGCAUGCUAGAGCUAGCCAGGAAAACCAGUGACUUGGCAGAAUUUAAGUCAUUGGUUAAUAUGCAUGACUAAAUGCAUGACGCGUAGGACGUCAUCCUCUUCUUUUUUUUAAGUAACGUCUGCAUUUUAUAAGAUAAGAUCCAAACAUAUGUGAAGAGUUAAAAUGAAAAUAUUUCAGAGACUAUUCUUUAUGGAAGACUUUCAUGAUAUAUAUAUGGCUCCUUCUGUCUCGGAAGACAAUUGGUGAACCCAGGUGAGUCAACGGCUUUGCUUUCGUCUUGAGACGGGGCAGAAUCUGGUGUGACUGAUCAAGCCAAUUCUGGAAUGGCAGAGUUUGACACAGUUCAUGCUUAUUUAUGCAUUUAUCCUAGGGCUGGCUGACAUUGCAGCAUUGCAGCUUUUUUUUUCUUGCUCUUGACUGAUGCAUCUUGGCUUCUUUUGACCUUGACGUAGUUCGUACCAGCAAGUACAGUCUGUCUCCAUGCUGUCCGGUCUUGGGCUAUCUCCUCCUACAUACUUUGGUUGAUGCCCGUGGUUCUCAUGUCUCGCUUGCAGACUUAGAUCCUUCCGCGAUAUUAGGCGCAUAGUGCUUUCUUCUCAGCCUUUUUUCAACUAGUAGUAGGCUAGUCUUGGGCGGCCCUUGGGUCUGGCUCCCUCUGCAAGCUUAGCGUAUAUGAUUUCUUUAGGGGUUCUACCAUCUACUUGUGAGUUUGUUCUCCCAUUCUUGGUGAGUGUGUCAGCCUUUUCAUUUCCUUCUAGUUGUAUAUGAGCUGGUAGCCAUUGAAUAACAUUUUUUUUGUUUUUUUUUUGCUGUUGUUGUUGAGCUUUGUAAGUGCUGUUCUGAGGUUUUUAAUAUAAGAGGAAUCAGAGUUUUGCAAGCUUUGGAGGGUUGUUUUCGCAUCGGUUAGAAAGACAAUCUGACUGUGUGGGAACUUGGAUGAUUUGCUAGCAUGGUAGCAACUAGUGCUUCCCUUUCUGCUCUGUGACUGUCAGAGAGCUCUCCAGUUGCAAUGAAAAUGCUGUUACUAUUGAGAAUGUGACCUUUAAUUGCGUCGUUCUCAAGACAUCACCAUAACUGUGUUCAACAGCUGACAUUUCGUUGUUUUACAUCACAGACAACUAAAAACUAUGAGACUAUUUGGCUGCCUGGUCGACGAGUGGUAUGCGCUCUGGACUGUCGUUCGGUAGUCUCGAUUCUCCUGGGUUCGAAUAGUAUUCUCUGCCAUCCCCCGAAACAUGUGAAUCUAUUUUACAAGCACAACAUUUUUUAAACAAAAAAGUUUACAAACUAAGCAUAACAUCAAAUGUUAGGAACAUGCAUGUAUAUAUUAAUACUUACUUCAACAGUAACACAGUGUGUUAGACGAGAGCUGUUAUUUUAAAGUUGGGAUUGAUUCAAACAAAAUUUACAUAUGUUUUAUGACAAAAUGGCACUCUGUUUCAUUUAUUAUUCUCUCCCUUGAGUGAGUGUAGUGUAGAAAGAUUUCAGCUUCCUUACUGAUUAUGUGAAAUAUUUUUGUUGAUAAUACUUUUUCAUGACAUUCUAAUUACGUUUGAAUACAUAAUUGAACAUUUCGAUACUAGUUUUGUUGUUAACUAAAAAAAAAUAAUAAGAGUUAUUAAAACUUUUUGUUUCUAAGUUUUGGUAUUUCUCUAGUCAUUUUCCAUACGUAAUUAAUUUGGGCGGAUUUAAAUCGGGGCAUAUUUCAUAUUGAACCUCACCCCCUCCCGUCCUUUUUAGCUACGGUCAUUGAAUUUGGGGACAGCAGUUUUGCUGUAUUUUUUUAUUGGAAGGGGGUUUGUAACCUAAAAACAGCCCCCUUGGCUACACUGAACCUCGUCCUUGAAACCUGAAAUUUGGUAAUUGUAAUUUGCUUUAGUUUUUCCCUACGUUUUGCUUGAUCUCUCGUAGAUGUAAUUCACUAUGGGAGCCCAGCGAUUGGUUGUAAAAUAGUUUAUCUAUGGUAGACCUCGACAUUCAUUAAACUGUAUGUUGCUUGUAGCUCAGUACUAACACAUUGGAUUUUAAAACAAAGGUAAGGAAAUGAAUCUCAGAGAUAGAGAGAUUUUUUCUUUCUUUUAAAUCCAUAACUGU